GUCCCUUGGAACCCUUGGAAGUUUACAAGUGCCCAGCUGAUGCUUAACCAACAAAAUUCCAAAAAUUGGCCCGCCAAAAAAAGCAAUUGCCCCAUUAGAAAAUUUCCCAUGAGUUCCGAGUCGGACUCCCGUCACUUUCUUUCACCGGCGCGCCAAUUCACCAACGAAAUAAACGUCAACGCCAACGACAAAACCAACCGCUAUUGACUUUUUGUCAACUUUUCCACUUCCUCUUGAAUUGAUAUUGAUUAUUCCAGUGACAACUCAAGAUGGCCGCCUUCUUCAAAGCAGCCAAUGCUAAGAUUCGAUCGAAUCCCACUCUGAGCUACUUCUGUUCAACCCACUUUUGGGGUCCCGCAUCGAACUUUGGUAUCCCGGUUGCCGCUGUCAUGGAUGCAAGAAAGUCGCCUGAGCUGAUUUCCGGCCAAAUGACUUUCGCUCUCUGCAUCUACUCAGCAACCUUCAUGCGAUAUGCCCUCGCCGUGACCCCAGCGAACUAUCUCCUCUUCGCCUGCCACUUUAUCAACGAAGGUUCGCAGUUGUCACAAGGUUACCGCUAUCUGAACUGGUACUACUGGGGAGGCAAAGAGAAGGCCGGCGUUCAAGGCGCCAUCGAGGGGGCGAAGGCGAAGGCAGCUGAAGUCAGUGAUAAGGUCAAAGAAGUCGCCACUAAAUAAAACCACAUCAUGGUCUCGAGGUACUCAUAAGGGCAUCUCGACUAUCUCUUUGUCUUGUGAACACUAUCGUCGUCGAAAUGAUAAAUU